AUGAUAGCGUUCGUCUCCCGAACCGCAGUGAUCGACGCAGCGAAGUAUGAGUUCGGCUCUCCCACCGUGUUUUUCUAUUGCAUGAAUGAGCAUCUUGCAGCCCUCGACGCAUCGUCUAUUCUCUCAAGUUUCAUCAAACAACUCUGUGACCUCCUGCCGUGGGCGCCCAGAUCUUAUCCAGAAGAUGUUGCAAGUGAGAUUAGGAAAUUCUUUGGGCGCAAAAGGGUCAAGGCCGACCUCGACGACCUGAAGGAUAUUUUUACUCGCGUUUUCCCCCACGUCCCGGAUACGGUAUAUGUCGUUGAUGGAAUUGAUGCUCUGGAUCGGGAACAUGCCAAAUCGCUUCUAAAGUUCUUCAGGUCGCUAUUCGUUGACCCUAGGACUCAGCAAGGAUCGCGAAUUCUGUUGCUAAGCAGGGACCAAGUUCCAGGAUACAUAAACAUGAAUACAUUCAUGCCUGGAAUCCGUCAGAUCUCGACAUCAGCCAAUAUCAUGCAGGAUAUCGAAUCUUACAUCGAAGCAAGCAUCACUGAUAAGACUAUGUGCCGAAAACUUACAGAAGAUUCUUCACUACUUGAAGAAAUUCGGCAGAGGCUUCUGGAAGAGUCGUCGGGAAUGUAUGCUAACCAUAUCGCUCUAUGA